ACUCGGGUGGCCGAGGGGCUUCAUCCCAGCUGAGGAGCGAAGAGCCGCUGGCGGCCGCGGAUCUCACAACCGCUCGGGGUUUUUAGAACUUCAGCUAUAAAAAUGGGCAGAAUUUUCCUCGAUCAUAUCGGUGGUACCCGUCUGUUUUCUUGUGCAAACUGCGAUACAAUCCUGACCAACCGCUCAGAGCUCAUCUCCACACGGUUCACAGGCGCCACUGGCAGAGCAUUUCUUUUUAACAAGGUAGUUAACCUGCAGUACAGUGAAGUUCAAGACCGGGUCAUGCUCACUGGCCGCCACAUGGUUCGAGACGUGAGCUGCAAGAACUGCAAUAGCAAACUGGGAUGGAUCUAUGAGUUCGCCACUGAAGACAGCCAGCGCUAUAAGGAAGGCCGUGUGAUCCUGGAACGCGCUCUAGUACGAGAGAGUGAGGGCUUCGAGGAGCACGUACCAUCUGAUAACUCUUGAAGAAAAAGAGAUAACUCCCAUCUUUUCCCAGGUCUCCUUCACUGAAAACAAAAAUCUACUUACAUACACUGUCACCUUAGCAUCAGGGUCGGAUUCAUGAACUGCGGAACAAGAAGUUGUGAGAAUCUAAGAUGGAACCUUUCUUUCUUUCUUUUUUUUUUUAAUUUUCAAUUUUCCAUCCAGCAGCAGUGUGUAGAGAGAAUAUUAUGCAGAUGCCGUUAAUUUUUUUUUCCCUAUGUUUACAUCUUGAGGCAGAAUAGUCUAUCUGCAGCUACAUGAUGGGCUAUGUGAGAAAAAAAAAAUCUGGGCUGUUAGAGUGAAAAAGUGUGUUUUAUGUAAAUUUUGAAAGGAAAAUGUGUCAAGAGCAUGGUUUUUAAACUUAUUUGGGCUUCAUUUAAAAAAAUGUUUUUUAAACCCAGUUAUUUCACUUGAUUUGCUAGCUUCAGGGAAGAGACCCGACUUUGUGACCAGCGCUAAAGGUUCAGUGUUAGUAUGGCUUGUGCUGGCCGCUGUGCCAUAUUCUUGUUGGAGAUGAACCGUAGCACCAGAGCCCAUCGUUCCUUGUCAGUCAUGACCCAAAGAUGUCACCGUUCCUAGUUCUCUGUCACCACAUAAUUGGUGUUGAUUGGAAACUUUUCCUGAAAUGGGGCAGAACUGCUUGGUUGUCUUUUCCAUGUAACUUAAGCAUAGUAAUAUAAAUAAAGUAAUAGUU